UCUUUCCUCUUCCUCUCACUUCAUUAUUCUUGUGUUUCUCUCCUUCUUCCUCUGAAAUGCUGCUUCUCUGACAUCCUCAUUCUCUCCUUCUGAAUUUCAUCCUUUCUCCUUUAGCUUCCACCUAAAUUACUAUCACUACUCUCUGUAACCAAAAUCAAUUCUUUACAAAACAUAACCAAAAUUCUUGAAUUUUCCAUAGUUAUUUUCCUCUACAGUUCACAACCAUGCCUGUACUAUUUUCAGAAAGCUCAACAAUUUCAGACCAAAUUAGAUACAGAAAACCCAGAACCCAAAACCAACAACAUGAUUUAGAUCCAAUUCCAAUAUUAUCUUCUUCUACUCGCUCAAAGCCUACAAUUUCCUCUCUACUUUUAGCACCAUUUUCUCCUACAAGUCCAACCCAUGAAAACCCAACAACAACCAGUACCACGUCUACAGUUAUUUCCACUAAAAAGAAAAACUUUACAACAUUUAGAGGACUGGGUUGUACGGCUUCAUCUCAAGUGUCGGUUCCUGCUGUAAUUAGAACUUCUGCUGACUGGGAUUCCAAGAGAGUCAAGAAGAAAAAACAGAACAGUAACAAGAACAAAUCCGUUAAUUCUGCUGUUAAUGUUAACGGAGGAGGGAUUGGGUGCAAUAAUAAUAAUGGUAUUCAGAAUAACACGUCAUCAUCAUCGAGCUGUGUGGGUGUUCCUGAUGUAUGGUGUGGUCCUGGAAUUGGAUUAACUACUGAUGCUGCUUCUGUUGAUUGUGUUGUUUCAAGAAGACCCGUCUCUGGCAGGGGAAGAAUUGAAAAUGACAAGGUUACCCCUCGAGAGCGAUCUACAUGUCCUGUACGAAGAAUGGUGAGCCCAGAAGACAACCCUUUUCUGGAUAUAGAAAGUAGCCUUGGUGUGCCGCGAUCCCAAGUAGAAUUAUUUGCAUCUAGGCAUCAUCGACAUUCUCGCCAUGGUUACCCGGAAGGGCUUGCUGAGAUUGUGAUGCUUCAAAAUAGUCUUAUGGGAGGAAGGACAGUUGGUCUUGAUCGAUAUCGGGACUUGAGACUUGACGUGGAUAACAUGUCAUAUGAGGAAUUGCUGGAACUUGGUGAUAAAAUUGGAUAUGUCAACACGGGAUUGAGAGAAGACGAUAUAUGUCGAUGUGUUAGAAGAACCAAGCCCUUCUUUUUGAAUAAUUUAUCUCUUAUCCGCACAGAAUUGGAAAGGAAGUGCAGCAUCUGUCAGGAGGAAUAUGAGGCCGAGGAUGAGAUGGGAAAGCUGGAUUGUGGACACUUCUAUCACAUUCGUUGUAUAAAGCAGUGGCUGAUGCAAAAAAAUAGUUGCCCCGUUUGUAAAUCUGCAGCUAUGUCUAAUGACUAAACAUCAAAAACAUUUCCACCCCUCAUGAACCUGUUGUUCUUUCUGUAUAGCUUCUGUUGUCAUUACAAGCUAGAAAAUUCUUUACAGGGCGUUUCUAUCCUAUUUUAUUACUGAAAAUGAUGGUUCUGUUGUUUGAGUGGCAAUCCAAUAUGGGUUGAAACGAGUGGUACACAAUGUAUUAGCCUUCUUGUUUGAGUACAGGGUUGAAUGCUACAAAAUCUACUACAAUUAGUUUUACAUGUAUUGCAGAUGAGUUUUAUUCUA